AUGAGGCGAUGGCUCGUGUGGGGUGGGUUCUUCCGGCGAUGCCUUGCAGGACCGGGAUGGGCACCUCGUCGCUUGCUUGGCAUCGAUGCCCCCGUCCUGGAAGAGUUGUCCGUGGUGUUGAGCACUGGAGUCGCAGCUCCGAUGGCUUGGUCUUACUUCGAGGUCAAGUAUUCCUUGACCGUUCCGCAAGAAGCCCUUGCAGUCGCUGUUCUUUGUGUGGUUCGUCAGGGUUAUGCUGUACUUCUGCGGCUCCACAGACCGGAAGAUGAAUUUAGCGAAACAUUGGUCUCCGGAAAGCCGUCAGCUUUUGCGGAUGUACCCAGCGAGGAGGCUGCGCAUCUUGUCUUGGAAGUUCAAUACGGAUCGCGGAGCACCAACUACACGAUUGUGGUCAUCCGGUCCACUAUCACUUCGGACUUCCAGUUUCAGUAUCCAGAUCCAGCUGCGACAGUUCAGGCUGAGGCCACGCUGACAGGUCUUGUGGCCGUGGAUGGUUUUGGCGACCCACUGCGCAUGGAGCCGAUGUACUUCGAUCCUCGACGAAGUCAGUACCUGGUCUUUGCCAACCCCAACACUGGAGGUGGCUAUGAGUGGACGCGGGCAGUAGCUUCGAAAAAUGACCCUGCGGCGCUUCUACAUUUGCGGGUGGAUGGCAGCGAUUGGGAAGACCUCGAGUCUGGCAUUCUGACUCGGUACAUUUCCGUGCCUGUGAACACUUGGCUCCUUCUUGAAGUACGGGUGACCUCUGCGACGGCCACUGCUGGGACCGUGCCUCUCGUGUACCAGCUUCUGAUCUCGCGGGAGCUUCGUUGCCAUGUUCUUUGUCGCACGUGCUUUGGACCUGAAGCUAUCCAUUGCCUGUCCUGCCGAACGCCUUUGGUGCUCAACAAUGGGACGUGCAAAGAGACCGCUUGUCCUCCAAGCAGCUACUACGAGUGGACUUCUUUCCAAUGCCGACCAUGCGAUGAGUCCUGCGCACAAUGCUCAGGUCCUGGGGCAAGCGCUUGCACCCAGUGUCGUCCGCUCUUCUUCCUCUCGCCGCUGACGUGGGAGGAUCUUCAGGCGCCAUGCGUCCUCCGAUGUCCUGGAGGCACGUUUGCUCAUCCGCGAAGCCGCCGUUGCCGGAAGCCUCCGAGUGCGCCUGUCAAAACUUUCUACCUCCAGUUCAAGUUCCGGAGCACGUUUCAGGAUUUUUCCAGAGAUCCGAUCAUUCAGGAAUCCGUGCUCAACACCACUGCCUUUGUUUUGGGCUUGGCAUUGUCCGACAUUCGAGGCUACAAGAUGGAAGCCGUGGAGGAAGAAUAUGGCAUUGUGGUUGACAACGGGCCACCUUUGCUGUCCGUGGAGGUCGUCUCACCCUUCCUGUCCAAGGACGAGGCGGACCACAUCUCGAUGAACACUUGGUUCGGAGCUUUCGAAGUUCCGGUGGAUGAAGUCCAGAGCUUCACAUGGGAUCAAAUGCAUCCACCACUGCCGCCACUACCGGUGGAUCCAUUUCUACCAACCUGGGCAUGGGGUUUGGGAACUUCAGCCAGUGCAGCGAUCCUCCUCCUGUUUCCGAUUUACUGCUGCUACUUCCGAAGACUUGCAAACACCCGUCGCAAGUAUCGACCGGCAGCUGGCGUUGAUCCGACGUUUAUGGAGCGAGUGGUCCACAAUUCGGACUCGCAGCUGGUGAAGCGCUUCGUGGCACGUGACAGCGGUGCACAGCUUAUGCGCGAUGCCGACUGA